AUGAUGGACAGCACUCCCGGAAGUCGGGAGGCGUCAUUCAUGACGCUCUUUCUCCCCUCGGAAAUUCCGAAUCAGCCCCUGGGAGAUGAGCCGCUCAGCUCGAGUCCCGAGAAUGAGGCCGUGCUAUCAUGGAUACUGGAAUUUACGCAGUGGCAGCAGAGUUCGGAACGAAAGGUCCCCGUUGCGCGAAAUAGACAACAUAAAGAUGAUACUCGGCCCGUGGAGGAACUAUCCCGACUGGCGGAACGCUUUUGUCGUCUGCAUAUGAAUACAACGACCGUCAACGGGCUCUGCAGCAAAGCGCUGAAAGGUGAGCUCGAAACUUUGCAGGUAGAUGAGUAUCUGCCUGUCUGGGUGAGAAAGCAAAAUGCUUGCAUCUUGGUGUACUGGCCUGGGAAGUUCACGCGCCUGGUAUUGAUAUUAUGA